UUUCUGUCUCUAGCUAGUUUCUUCUAGGUACGAUGGAAUAAGCUAUACGUUUUCUGCCUCUAGUUAGUUUCUUCUAUACACGAUGGCUCUUUGGUUUUCUCAUGGUUUCUUGAGUUUUUUCAUGGGUUCUUGGUGCUUGUUAAAGAAUGCAAUAUUUCUGUUUAAAGAAUUUUAUUCGCACAUCCGCGGUUAAGGUACGUACUGCCUUAAGGGUAGGUAGGCCAAUUUAUGUUGAUGAUAAAUAUAUCCCUUGGAACGAGUCCGAAUUGGUACAUGCAAUGGAAAGGCUGUGGUCAUGUCAUUUAGGCCAUGCGGCGACCCCAGGAAUUAGGAAUGUGCGACUUAACCCAUGAAACGCUCGCAGCCAAUAUGCCACCACCCCAUCCUCCUCCUCCUCCUUGAGGCCAAAACCCAGACUCCGGCCACCUUCAAACAAAUCCACGCCCGAUUCAUCACCAGCGGCCUCGCUCUCCAUACGUACCCGCUCAGCCGCCUGCUCGUCGCCGCCUCCCUCCCCCCGCUCUCCUCCGCCCUCGGCCUCUCCCACGCCGCCGCCAUCCUCCGCCGCGCCACCCGCCCCUCCGUCUUCCUCGCCAACACCCUCCUCUCCUCCCUCGCCGCCCACGGACACACCCACCUCGCCCUCUCCCUCUACUCCGAACUCCUCCUCCGCCGCCCCGACACCCCCAAGCCGAACAACCAUACCUAUCCCUCUCUCCUCAAGGCCUGCUCUCACCCGCCGUGGCACCCCCACGGCCUCGCCCUCCACGCGCAUUUGAUCAAAUGCCUCGGCGGCGCCGCGGUCGACCCCUUCGUCCGAGCCGCCCUUCUCAGCUUCUAUUCGAAGUGCGGGAAACUAGCCAUCUGCCGCCAGCUGUUCGAUCAAAUUUCUCAACCAGACCUGCCCACUUGGAACUGCAUUCUGGCAGCCUACGCUCGCUGCCCUAGUGACGCUGAGAGCAACGGCUCUGGCAUGGAGACCCUGUUUCUCUUUCAAAGAUUGCAGCUUUCUUCGAAUCGGCCCAACGAGAUCUCUCUUGUGGCUUUGAUCAGCGCUUGCGGUGAUCUGGGGGCUCUGAGUCAAGGCCUGUGGGCACAUGCUUACGUUGAGAGGAACGAUUUAGUUGUGAACUUUUUUGUGGCCACAGCUUUGAUUGAUAUGUAUUCGAAAUGUGGGCGAUUGGAUCUUGCGGAGCAAGUGUUUGCUGGCUUGCCUGAGAAAGAUACGCACUGCUAUAAUGCGAUGAUUCGUGGGCUUGCAAUUCAUGGGCACGGGCGGCAUGUGAUUGGUUUGUUUGAUAAGAUGAGAAGUGAGGGGGUGGCGGUCGAUGAUGUGACGCUGGUAGUUAUGAUGUCUGCAUGUGCUCAUGCUGGGUUGGUCGAUGAGGGUCGGCGAUGUUUUGAUAGAAUGCAGAUGGAUUUUGGGAUUGUACCCAAAAUUGAGCAUUAUGGAUGCUUAUUGGACCUUUUGGGCCGAGCAGGGCAACUUGAGGAGGCCGAGGAAGUUAUGUGGCGGAUGCCGAUGAAGCCCAACGCAGUGAUGUACAGGACAUUGCUAGUAGCAUGCAGAAUUCACAAUAAAUCAGAGAUGGGAGAGCGGAUGAUUGAAAAUUUGAUGCAGUUGGAACCGGAGCAUGGAGGCAACUAUGUCUUGUUGUCAAACAUGUAUGCAGAUGCUGAUAGGUGGGAUGAUGUUAGGAGAGUGAGGAAGGUGAUGAAAGAUAAGGGAAUAGAUAAAAACCCUGGUUCUAGCUUGGUUGAGAUAGAUGGAGCGAUGCAUGAGUUUCUGAUGGGAGACAAAACACAUCCACAUUCAAAGGAGAUCUAUUCUAUGUUGGAUGAGAUGGAUAAGAAAUUACAUGAAUGCGGGCACAGGCCAAGCACCAAGGAAGUGUUGUUUGAUGUUGAAGAGGAGGACAAGGAAGAUGCGCUCUCAUACCACAGCGAGAGAUUGGCAAUUGCCUUUUCUCUUCUUGCUUCUGGUUCGAGUGCACCCAUCAGAGUUAUAAAGAAUCUUAGAGUGUGCGGUGACUGCCACUCUGCUACAAAGCUCAUUUCUUGGAUCUAUAGAAGAGAAAUAAUUAUGAGAGAUCGAAAUCGGUUUCACCAUUUUAAAGAUGACAGCAUUAUGUGCAACCUGGGGGGCUUGUAAAUUUCCUCAGAACAUUGAUUCCACAAGAAGCGGAGAAAUGCAAGUCAAUCUCACCAAGGUUUGCCAAUUGCUUAAAGAUAAUUUCUUUGCUUCUCACUCUGCCUAGCAUUCAGGGAACCAGGUGGAUUCAAGGAUUUAGGGAAGUCAUAUAUCCAUCUUCAUACUUGAGUCUUAAUUGUUUUUAUUUUUGGCUUUUUUUUUAGUGCUCGAGACAUUUUUUAUAUUCAAGCAUGGCUCAACCUUCUGGACCAGAGGACUUUAACAUGGAGAUUAAUUUGUUAUCUUCCCAGAGCUAAGUUUGUGGGACCCAUGCGGAUAGCUGGUAAAUUGAGAACAUCAAGUUGCAUGCACGGCGUUCGCAGCGCUUGGUGCAAAGGUCUAGGAGCUUGUACACUUGCGAAUGCAGGCCUGGUAACAUCACGGGUAGCCUGAUCGCGUGAUCUUCUGGUGUCCGAUGUUUUUGCAUAUUGGAAUUUGUUGAUAUGAUUACUCAACGACCGAAGACAACAUAAAAUAACUCUUUUAGCAUGUAUUCGCCAUAUGCCUGUGUGAAAUUUUCAUUAGAGGUUUUGUUGUGAAAUUUGAGCAAUGUAGACUCUCUGGUGUUUA